UAUUUUUAUGUUUUACAAUGAAUAGAGAUCAGUAAUAUUACUAUCUUGUCUUUAAACUGCACAUAGUGUUUUUGUUGCAUAGUUCAGACGUGCAGCCAGUUCGGGCUUUUAUCCGCGCUUAACCGACUGUUGUUUUUGCUCUGUCUGAACUCUAACAACAACGCUAACGUAAUUAGCAGCAGUGCUAGGCACAACUUCCAUUCAUUCGUUGUAUCUGAUCAAACAGGGUCGUUAAUAUAGCCUCAGCUAGCUAAAUUAUCAUUAUUGACGGCCCGCUCCUGGUCAGUCUGACCCACCAUGUAUCGUCCCAAACCAACUCUAAAGGACCGACAGCACCUGUACAAGCUCAUCAUAAGCCAGCUGCUCUAUGAUGGAUACACCAAUAUCGCCAACAGUCUCAUUAACGAGGUGAAACCACAGAGUGUAGUGUCGCCCUCCGAGCAGCUGAUGCAGCUGGCAAAGAUAGGGAUGGAGAAUGAUGACAGUGCAGUUCAGUAUGCCAUUGGGCGCUCAGAUACAGUGGCACCUGGUGUGGGUAUUGAUCUGGAAUUUGAUGCAGAUGUCCAGACCAUGUCUCCAGAGGCAUCAGAGUAUGAGACAUGCUAUGUAACAUCCCAUAAGGGUCCAUGCCGUGUGGCUUCAUACAGUCGUGAUGGGCAGCUCAUUGCCACUGGCUCUGCUGAUGCUUCCAUUAAGAUCCUGGAUACUGAACGCAUGCUGGCCAAGAGUGCCAUGCCUAUUGAGGUGAUGAUGAACGAGACAGCGCAGCAAAACAUGGAGAAUCACCCUGUGAUUCGAACACUGUAUGACCAUGUCGACGAAGUCACCUGCCUCGCCUUCCAUCCGACUGAACAGAUUCUAGCUUCUGGAUCACGAGAUUACACCCUCAAACUCUUUGACUACUCAAAGCCCUCUGCAAAAAGAGCAUUUAAAUAUAUACAGGAAGCAGAAAUGCUGCGUUCGAUCUCCUUCCACCCUUCUGGUGACUUCCUUCUGGUGGGGACACAGCACCCCACCCUCCGCCUCUACGACGUUAAUACCUUCCAGUGCUUUGUGUCCUGCAACCCGCUGGACCAGCACACAGACACCAUCAGCGGCGUCAGCUACAACCCCACCGCCAACAGCUACGUCACCUGCAGCAAAGACGGCAGCAUCAAGCUCUGGGACGGCGUCUCCAACCGAUGCGUGACCACUUUCGAGAAGGCCCACGACGGAGCCGAAGUCUGCUCGGCCAUCUUCUCUAAGAACUCCAAAUACAUCCUGUCCAGUGGCAAAGACUCUGUGGUCAAACUGUGGGAGAUCUCUACAGGCCGGACACUGGUCAAGUACACAGGCGCGGGGCUGAGCGGCCGGCAGAUGCAUCGCACGCAGGGCGUGUUCAACCACACGGAGGACUACGUCCUGCUGCCGGACGAGCGCACCAUCAGCCUGUGCUGCUGGGACUCGCGCACGGCCGAGAGGAAAAACCUGCUGUCUCUGGGACACAACAACAUCGUCCGCUGCAUCGUCCACUCGCCCACCAACCCCGGCUUUAUGACCUGCAGCGACGACUUCAGAGCCCGCUUCUGGUACCGCCGCACCACCACAGACUGAGACGCAUCUCUGCCUCGUCCCCUUUGCCGCCAAACAGGAUGCUGACCUCAGCGAACGCACCACUGUCAUCCGUCGUGUCUUUCAUUUUUAUUAUUACUUUUGAAACUGUGCAGUGGAAUGUGUGGGGCUCUGCUUAAGAAAAGAAAGUCAUUGCACCAUCUCUCUAAAGAGUGAGGGCACUAUUUUUCUAGAUGUCUCUGUUUGACGACAACACUUGUGAACUCGUGAACUGACCUUUAGAACUUCUUUCAUUGCUAGGAAACCUCAGUUGUAACUCGUCUCACAUUUCUCAGUUGUAUGUGUUAAGUGGCAGCAGAGUUGGUUUGUCGGCUUUUCCACUUUUAUAUUUUGUCGAUGUCCUUGUUGUAAUUCAGAUUUUUAUUAAACCAUU